UCAUUCCUGUCAAUUUUCUCUUGCAUAAAAAUUUGAUUACUAACGCAGCUGUUUCAUCCGGUUUGCGUUAAUUGUUGAAGUUCGUGAUUGUGAUAUUUUGUUUUUGGCAAGGUAUAUACACAACGUGACACCGGUAAAAAUAGUGUACGGUAUUAGUUUAAACAAUCCCAAAGGGUUUAUUUAUAUCGCAACAGAGAGAAAGGGAAUAACAAAGGUCCAACGGUGACGUCAGUCGUGUGCAUCAGGUGAUAUUCGUUGCACAUGCGUAGGUCCUGGAGCGCCAACAUGGAACGAAUUUCAAAUAUGUUUCAUUCGGUCGGGCGCCCAACGUGCGAUAAUAACUUGCCGACAAAAUGCCGUCAGAAGCGCUAGAAAAAAGUUCGAAAAUUGUAUUAAAAACUCUCAACAUCAUGGAACAAAACAAUUCACAGGCGGAAUUGGUGCGCGAAAGUGAGGACAAUGCCGAGAAAGAAAGAUCGUGGAAAGACGUGAAAUUUAUCGAAUGGGUAUCGGUUGGUGUUCUGUGUUACGUAAAUUUAAUUAAUUAUAUGGAUAGAUUCACCGUUGCAGGAGUGUUAGCAGAUAUACAAAAAGAUCUGAACAUUAACAAUGAUCAAGGUGGGCUUCUACAGACUGCCUUCAUCGUAUUCUAUAUGGCCUUUGGUCCACUGUUUGGAUUUUUGGGUGACAGAUACAGCAGGAAAUACCUGAUGGCGUUCGGUGUGUUUUUGUGGAGUCUAACCACCCUGGCUGGUUCUUUUAUGACUAACUAUUGGUGGUUCCUACUCUUUCGGGCGAUGGUUGGCAUAGGAGAGGCCAGCUAUUCUACCAUAGCUCCUACUAUACUCAGCGAUCUCUUCGUUGGAGAUAUGCGUUCAAAAAUGUUGGCAUUAUUCUAUUUUGCCAUCCCUGUAGGAAGUGGUUUGGGCUACAUAGUGGGAGCAGAAACUGCCAAACUUUUCGGCAAAUGGCACUGGGCCCUGAGGGUGACCCCUGGCCUAGGGGCUAUCGCCGUUGUAGUCAUCGUUUUCUUCCUCAAAGAACCGGAAAGAGGAGCUAGUGAAGGGAGUGGUCACAUGGAGGCCACUUCUUGGACAGAAGACAUCAAACAUAUUGUCAAAAAUAAGAGUUUUAUGCUGUCCACUGCUGGAUUCACGUGCGUGGCCUUCGUAGCCGGUGCUUUGUCAUGGUGGGGUCCAAAAUACAUUGAAAUGGGCUCAGCACUUCAAGGAAAUUAUCAAACGGAUACUAUUUCACUACGAUUCGGUAUCGUAGCUAUGAUAUCCGGUUUGGUAGGGGUACCGUUAGGUUCUUGGCUGGCUCAAACCCUGAGGCACCGAUGGAAAAGAGUAGACGCCUAUAUUUGCGGAGGAGGAAUGCUAUUGUCCUGUCCUUUCGUGUUCAUAGCCAUCUUCAUGGCUAGAUACUCCACCGGAGCAUGUUUCGCGCUGGUCUUCUUUGGAGAACUGUUCCUGAAUCUCACCUGGGCCAUAGUGGCCGACAUCCUAUUGUACGUGAUUGUACCUAUAAGGAGAUCGACAGCUGAAGGCUUCCAGUUGCUCAUGUCCCAUGCAUUGGGUGAUGCAGGUAGCCCUUACUUAGUAGGAGUGCUAUCAGAAGCCUUCGCUAUCAUGCUUACCAAACAUGACAGUUCGAGUUCGACGAAUAGCACGUUAACAACAACUAUAUCUCCAUCGCCCACGGAUGAAGUUAGUUUUAAGUCGUUACAGUACGCUUUGUUCAUCACGUGUUUCGUGGAGAUUCUUGGAGGGUUCUUCUUCCUCCUCAAUGCCUUCUAUUUGGUGGAGGACAGAGAAAAGGCUGAACAAGCGAUUCAUGCUGGAACUGUCCAGGCACGUCAAACCAAUUCUACCGACCCAUUGGCCGUGGAUAAGAGCACUGAAAAUUUGUAAACACGGAACCCCCUACUCAUAAACGAGGACCAACAGUCUUCGUAACGAUGCGUCACAUUCUCUUAAGACUCGACGAGAAUAUACGUCAACUUUUUUAGACUAAACGUGUGGGUAAAAAUGUGUUGUGUAAUUUAUUUAUGAAAGUGUUUCGUGUGAGUCCAGUAAGUCCAGAGAGCUUAGUGUAGUGCAGACUUUAUUUAUUUGACUGUUUUAGAAAUAACUUUUAGUGUUAUAACAGAAAAUUACAACAAAUACACCAAAACACUUUAUUUUAGGCAGUUUCAACUAUAGUCACUCGGUUGGUAUUGUUACAGAGUGUAACAGUAAAUUACAGUGAGUAGGACAGUAGAGAACUAGAAGGAAUAUAAAACAGAUAUCUCUGUUUAUAUUCUAUUUAUCUUUAUUUAUUUUUAUGUUCUCACAAAUGUCUUAACUGCCUGUAAUUUUGUACAUGUUAAUUUUGUCUAAAACAGUGGAGAAAAUUACUUUCAAAGUAUAAAACAAAGUGUUCUACUAUAUUGUGAUAGAUUUUUGUAAUUUUCUGUUUGGCUGUUAGAAAACUUGGAGAGUUUUUACAAUGAAUUUUGAGAAUUUUAUACCGAGUGUGGAGUUUGAGACAAGUAGUCUGAUAUUUAAUAUAAAUCAAUUAUUUUGUACAGAGGGGUCAACAAGUUCUAACCUACAAAAUACUGAAUAUUGGUUCAAGGGUAUAAGUUAUUGUUAUUUUGUAUUUAUAAAUAUUAAUCUAAAAAAAUUAGUAAUUUUAUAGCGAUAAUUAUUCAAAUUAAAAGACAUCUGCUUGAAUACUCUCUGUACAUUUGUACAUACUUUGUGAAUAUUUAACUU